AUGAACCAACGUCCGCUUACAAGCGCGGGCGAGCCCUCGUCGCAUCCUCCUUCGGACAAAGACUCGAGCCCAAGCACAGAAUCUUCUCGUCAAAAUACUCCGUCGUCGGAGGGAGACUCGCCAUCGCCCGACUACGUCAGCGACGAUGAGGACCAGACCAUCGAGCAAGACGCGCCUGCUGUCUUGACUGGGCCGCCGCUUUUCCGAUUCAGCUCCGAGCCUGCUCCAUCCAACAGAGCUUGUCGAGUUGAGCAAACGGGAGUCCGCCAGUCCGAUGUUUCAGCCGUGGCCGCCAGAGUCAAGCGCGCUCCUGUUGCCUACGACGUUGGCAAUGAGCAAACGCCGCAACAUCGGUUCUUCACACGUGAAUUCCAGGACACUCUCCGAAAAGGCAUACAGGUGGCAAAGACCACGGCAGAGACAUUGGUCUUGAGUCCCAUCGUCCAGGACAACUCUUGGGAGUAUCUGCUCGAAGAAGCUAAAACGCUGUGCACUUUCCAAACUACUGACACGCGGACGGUUGCUUUGCUCGGCAACUCUGGGGAAGGCAAAAGCAGUCUCAUCAACUCACUGCUUCACUAUCCCGGAAUUGCAAAAACGGGAGAUACGGGCUCUGCCUGCACAUCCGUGAUAACCGAGUAUAGGCAGAAGCUUCCCAGUCAUACGGCGCCCAUCUGCAUCGAAGCAGAGUACCUGUCUCAAGACGAGAUUGAAGAUGCGUUAUCUGAACUGCUGUACAGCUACCGACAGCUUCACAUGCCCGGGGUCACGUCGGACGAGACAUCAAGGGAAGAGUACAGGGAAUACGAGCAAGAAUCUGCCCAGGCGUGGUCAGCCCUGGAAGCCGCGUUCAAGCACCACCACGGAUUCAGCCAGCAUUUUCUCAAGGACACGACUGAAGGAGCCUUUGGAAGAGUGAAAGACCAGCUCAUCAGAUGGUCCUACGAUAUUGACUGGCCCGCGGGAGGGGAGACGGGAGUCUGGAAGGGCACCGCCGGCACUUCGCACGAGUGCCUCGAGCAGACAGAUGUUUUCAUGGGCGAUAAGUAUUGGCCAUUUACAAAGGUUAUUCGGAUUUACCUCGAUACGCAGAUCCUCAGGACCGGCGUCGUGCUCGCAGACCUGCCGGGCCUGCAGGACACCAACCUCGCCAGAGUGCGUGCCACGCAAGACUACAUGAUGAGGUGCAACAACGUCUUCGUCGUGGCCAAUAUUGCCCGUGCCAUUACCGACCAAUCGCUCAAGUCGUCUCUGUACUCGGCUCUUUCACGCAACGUCCCCUUUGAAUGGGAGGACUCGGGGGCCAAGGCGAUGAACGUCGCCGUGGUCUGCACAAGAAUUGAGGACAUCAAUAUGGACAGGGCCAGGCAGGAGUUCUGCGGUCCUGGGAAGCGGGUGGAUCCGUCCGUCAUUGAGCAGCUUGAGAGAAAUAUUGCAGAGGCCAAGGAAGCCGGAGACAAGGCUCGAAAGAAAGACUUGAAGAAAAGGCGAGAGAUCCUCUUCAUCCAAGCUCGCAACGACCAUGUCAAGGAGGGACUGCGAAGCGCAUACGCCCGCAAAGUCCCCGGCGGCAGACUCGACGUCUUCUGCGUGUCGAACAAAUGGUACGAGACGAACUCUGCCAAGGGCAAUGCUCACCUCGUUUCUGUCAGCGGCGUACCGGAGAUUCGUAGGUUCUGUCACCAAAUCACGGCCGAUGCGCAACUGCGAGAGGCCAGGUACUUCAUCGAGUCCUCGCUCUUUGGUCUGCUCAACUCUCUGGAGAUGAAGUUCAAGGGCUUGUCGGUAGAACACGAACAUCGAGCUUUGUCACGGGAGUUGAAGGAGACGGCUCAAGCAAGGCUGGAUGAAACUGCGCAAAGCGCAGCCGAGGCAAUCCAGAAACUCGCCCGAGAUUUCCUAUGCUGCUUCGAAGAACAAAUAUCUGCACUGCUAACCCAGUUCAACGCCUGGUGCCGCAGAAACGGCGAUCAUGCGACGGCCGGCCGCCCUCGUGAAGACUGGAACUCGCAAAUCAUCUGGAAAAUGCGCCAGGAGCAGGAGUUUCAGUGGUCUCUGGUCCAAGACGGAGUCCGGGACGUGUUCCGCGACGCUCUCCAGUCUAUCAAGCGUCUUUUGAAUGACCUGAAAUCGUCAUUGACAUCAUUGGCUCCCGCCGAGUUUCGUAGUCUGCUCGAGGACGGGAUCGCAUCUAGGAUCAACGACUUGGGGUUCAAGAUAAACAUGGCAAGGGAAGGCUUUGCUCGAGACAUAAGUCUCACUCGCCGUUGUGCAACAGAGUCAAACUACACGUCCUACAUCGUGGGCCAGAUGCUGCCGACCUAUCGGCACGCCAGCAGCCAGUCCGGGACCGGGAUGGCGGCGCGACAAAGGCGGAUCGUCCAGGAUCGCAUCACAGACGAUGUCCUUUUCCCAACGAUUGGCGCGUUGAUAUCCGACAGCGUCCACAGCUCUCUCGAGCAGACAAAGCAGGCCCUGCUGGGCAUGGUCGGCCACGCCAUGGAACGCCUCAGGGCAGAUGUAGACUCUGCUGUCGGGCACGAGGACUUGCCAAGGUCGCAGACCAGCGCCGCCGAGCAUGCAAGACGACAGGGCCAGAUCCAUGACCUGUUAGGCAAGGUUGAGGGGCUCAGGGCAGAUGCAGAGAGGCUGAGUCGGUCUUGCAGGGACCGGAGCGAGGACGGCCAGACUGAGACCUGA